AUGAUCCAUGGCCGCCCGGAAGAGGACGAACAAAAAGAGAAUUCCUAUAUGAUUCAACUCAAGCAAGCGCAUAAACUACGAAGGGUCGGUGAAAUUAAUGCAGUCGAAUACAGGCUAGGCUUCGCACAAAUUUCCUUCUAUGAAGGAGACCUUAACAGAGUACAACAUCCACAUGAAGAUCCACUUAUGAUCAGCCUAAUAGCAGCGAACUACUUAGUCAGGCGCGUACUCAUUGACCUUAGCAGUAGUGCCAAUAUCAUAACGAAAUGGACAUUCGACCAACUGAAGCUGGCCCUAGAUCAAGUCUGCCCCUCUGGAAACCCCUUGGUAGGGUUUGAUGGAAGAAAGGUUGAACCUAUUGGCGUGAUCACAUUGUCGGUCACUGCGGCCAAAAGAAAUUUGAAGGAAAAUUUUGUGAUUGUGGACAUCCACCCGACCUACAACUUGCUAAUGGGUCGAGGAUGGAUCCAUUGA